GUCUGUGAUGGCAGGUGAUGGUCUGUGAUGGCAGGUGAUUGUGAUGGUUGAUGAUGGUCUGUGUUGGCAGGUGAUGGUCUGUGAUAGUCUGCGAUGGUAGGUGAUGGUCUGAUGGUUGAUGAUGGUCUGUGUUGGCAGGUGAUGGUCUGUGAUGGUGGGUGAUGGUCUGCGAUGGUGGGUGAUGGUCUGUGAUGGUUUGCAAUGGUCUGCGUUGGUAGGUAAUGGUCUGUGAUGGCAGGUGAUGGUCUGAUGGUUGAUGGUCUGUGAUGGUUUGUGAUGGUCUGUGUUGGCAGGUGAUGGUCUGUGAUGGUUUGUGAUAGUAGGUGGUGGUGGGUGAUGGUCUGCGAUGGUAGGUGAUGGUUUGCGAUGGUCUGCGAUGGUAGGUGAUGGUUUGCGAUGGUCUGCGAUGGUAGGUGAUGGUCUGCAAUGGUAAGUGAUGGUCUGUGAUGGUAAGUGAUGGUCUGUGACGGUAAGUGAUGGUCUGUGACGGUAAGUGAUGGUUUGUGAUGGUAGGUGAUGGUCUGUGACGGUAAGUGAUGGUCUGUGAUGAUCUGUGAUGGUAGGUCUGGCCCAGCUGUGUUUAUCUGUCAAACAUCCUGUACACAAAUUCUUCUGAGGUCAGCUUGGAGAUUAUUUUUCACUCUAAAACCUGUUAAAACAUGAGCAGGCGUGAGACACCCAGACACACACUGAUCCAGCAGAGGGGUCCUGGUGUAAGAGUGUGUUACCAUCAUGGGCAAACAGAACAGCAAGCUGCGUCCUGAGGUUCUGAAUGACCUGCGGGAAAACACAGAGUUCACAGACCACGAGUUGCAGGAGUGGUACCGCGGCUUCCUGAAAGAUUGCCCGACCGGCCACUUAACCGUGGAUGAGUUCAAGAAAAUCUACGCCAACUUCUUUCCAUACGGAGACGCCUCUAAAUUUGCAGAACACGUAUUCCGUACCUUCGACACCAACAGCGACGCGACGAUUGAUUUCCGGGAGUUCAUCAUAGCCCUGAGUGUGACGUCACGCGGAGGUCUGGAACAGAAGCUACGCUGGGCCUUCAGCAUGUAUGACCUGGAUGGAAACGGAUACAUCAGCCGAGCCGAGAUGCUGGAAAUAGUGCAGGCGAUUUACAAAAUGGUGUCCUCGGUAAUGAAGAUGCCAGAGGAUGAGUCGACCCCGGAGAAACGCACUGACAAGAUCUUCAGACAAAUGGACACAGACAAGGAUGGGAGGCUUUCCCUGGAGGAGUUCAUCAAAGGUGCCAAGAGCGACCCCUCCAUCGUCCGACUGCUCCAGUCUGAUCAGAGCACGCCUCGCUAGUCACGACAGCAGCAACACACUCAGAAAACCACGUCAUACAGUAUAUUCACACUUACAGAGGAGGAUCAGCUGGUUGUUCUCUCAGGCACGAGCUGCAUUUGAGUAAUGAACGAGCUUCACAGUGAAUGAUCGUCACAAAAUCUGAUUGGUUUAUUACUCAGAUGCCCAGAUUUAGCCUAAUCUAGUUAAAGAAGGAUCUUAUUAUUUGGUAUGUCAAGUUCCUAAAGUGUCAAAUUUUAUUUAAAAUGUACGGAAUAUCAGACAGAGUCAAGAAAACCACUUAAUAUAUAAUCAUAAAAGGGACCUCAGCUUGGGGUCAAAGCAUCAGCUGGUUUUAGAUGAAUUCAUCUGGAUGUCACAGCCACGGGAAUAAGACAUCCGCGUGUGAGGGGUUUUUUUACUUUUAAACUCAAUAUGCAAGCAGAUCGAUAGGUAGCGCUUAGUAGAUGUAACAGGAGGUCGAAGCUCAGUCAAAAAAAAUCUAAUAUACAAAGCACGUGUAGGAUUAACUUGGGUCUGCAGAUGUAACCGUACCCGCAUCCAUUUACGGAAAAUGAUAAAACUUUCAGUGUUUAGUUUUGUAUUGAAUUGAAUUUGUUUGAGACUUCAGUUUUUGGACUGUUGCUCUUUGCCAGCUUACAUACAGUAGCUUUAUAGUUUAAAGUUCUGCCACUAUGCUGUGCUUCAUCAGUGAUUUGCCAAAACGAGUGUUUAUGUUGAGUCCUUGGUUCAUUAACAUGUCAGUAAUCAAGGCUUGUGCACCUGAGCAAAAAGCUCGAGCGGCGGCUACAAUCAGUCAUCGACACCUUAACGAUCUUUUGGCCAUCGCAAAAGUAGAAAAGACCCUCAGUAUGUAAACUGUGCAGGAAUAAUGACUCAAACUUCCACUGGGGGAAAAAAAGUUGAUUCCAGAUUACUUAGCGUAUCAGAUCACAUGACACCGUUCCACAAUUAUUGACAUCCAGAUGUUUAUUUAAAAAUAAGUAUGUGGUAUUAAGGUAACAAAACAGAUUUAUUUAAAAUUUGUUUUACAUCCAUACUUGCAUUUAGUACAAAAUAUAUUUUAUUUUAUACAAAUGUCAGUGUUUACGUAAAUGUGGAAGUGAUUCUAACGUUUGUAAACAAAAUGUUUAACCUGCGUCAGAAAAUCUUUUUGUUCCACUAAGUAUUUUCGUAGAUCACAUUGUUCGUUGAUCAUCCGUUGUUGUUUGUAUUAAUUUCUAGUUUACCAAUAAACGUCAACAGGCAAUUGAGAUUGUAACCACAUGACAAUCCAGGUCAAAAGGUCACAUCUCAUUCCUCAAACCGAAAUAUAAAACGUCGACUGAUAUUGUAAUAUGUGGUCGAUAUUUACAACAAACUGAAAAAAAAAAAUCUGAAUAUUUAAAGCAUGUAAUUUUUUUUAAACAUACAUUAGGAAUUUAAUUCUGGUCUAAUUCUAUUUACUGCAAUUAUUCCAUUCUGUUAUGAAUCAGAAAAAAAAAAAUUAUAAAAUCACAGCACUUUUUAUAUAUAUUUUUUAAAGUACUUCAUUGACUUCAACGUGACACAAAGAUCGAUCCAUAACAGUUGUAAAUGUCCCUUAAUUCCACAGGGUGUCGAUAAUGAUGGACACCGGUGAAAGUGAUCACCAUUAUUGACACCUCACAUGCAAAAUGGCGGCUGUCAAACGAAAGAGUAAGAAACAAAGUCGGUUUCGACGAGGAGAUCAUGAAAUAUCGGUGAAUUUGAUCAGUAAAAACACGUCCAUGAUCUUUCCACCGUGCUCACCUGCGAUGAUAAUGUCCGGGUUUUCCAAAAAAAAAAAAAAAUAGCUGAUAUAAAAAAAAAAAUUCUCUCUCAGGUAACGAGCCGUGUCAUCAGACGACAAGAUCAAAGGGCGAGGGCGAGGUCUUCCGGUUGAUUGAUUGGGUGAUUCUCAUGAAGACCUUCACAUUAACAAAGUUUUUCACCUCAUUUCAGUAUUUUUUCAAGUUGAGAGCCUAAAAUAGAGUGUGAACUUUACUAUGUUGAUCUUUUUUUAAUGGAAAAAUAUUUUAAUGGAAUUUUAUUCUUAUUUGAGGCUUACAUGAUCCAGAAUAAUUCUCAUCACCGUUACAGUAAAUGAUGACACUAGAUCAUGAGUUAAAAAUAUCCCAUUAAAUGAACAGCACAGUCCAUGACAAUUACUUUAUAUUUUUUUGACAUUUAUUUAUUGCCCUCACAGUGCAUGGUAAUGAGAAUAUUGAGUAACGGUAAUGAGAUAUUCUUGGCUAAUUUCACAAAUAACCUGAAAUGCUAGCAACCUAUAACUUUGCCACAUGUUAAAGCCUUAUAUUGUGAUAAUAAUCAUAAAAAUUUUUUUUAAAGUAAUGAGUAUUAAACCAUAACGGUAAUGAUAAUAGACAGUGUAACUGAGGACAGAUUUAGCAACAUAAAUAUCACAAAGUAAGAGAAAAGAGAGUGAGCAACUGACCUUGUCUCCAUUUUGAAUCUUAUAUCUGAAGUGAUGCACCAUGGGAUAGCUGAUCAAUUUAAAGGCACGGUGUACUUUUUAUGGGGGGGCGAAAUCAUGAAACGGUAAUGAGAAACAUUUGGUGCGGACACAGUUAUUUUGUUUAAAAUCAAGUACCUUUUUUUGUUCAACACAAAAAUAUUAUGCAUAAAUAUAGAUGUUUUAAAAUAACUUUACACUAUUAUUUUUUUAUAUAAUUAGGAAUUUUUAUAUGAUUUAAAGUAAACAUUUUAAAAAGGGAUGCGGACACAUAACGGUAAUGAGAAUUUCCAUAGAUAUAAAAAUUAGUUUAUAUGAUGAAAACCAUUUGUCCAUACAGUGCUCCCUAUUUUCUUUACACAAAAUAUCAGGAGUUUAUGUGAAUUAAGUAUUGAUUUUGGAAAAUGCGUCCUGGACAUGUUCACUGCAGCUUCAUGAGAAUCACCCGAUUAACCAAUAACAACUUAUACCUGAAACUCACCUGUUUACUGGUUAAUCUGAAAAAGGUGUCGAUAAUCAUGGACUGUUGAUAAUUGUAGCCGCCGCUCUAUAUUACCGCAUCUCAGUGUAGUUAGCAAUAGAUAUGUACGUGAGCACCUUUCCAGCUGAAUACUGUAUUUAUAAUUAUGUCCUGAAAAGACCAGCAAACAGUAGUAAAUAAAGCUCAGUAGUAUUUGCAUGUUGAUAAUUAAAAAAAAUAAUAAUAAUGCAGUCAUUUUAUCUAUGUUCCUUUUUUAUUUUCAUAACAAAAACAUUAAACACACUCAUGUAAGAAAAAA